AUGGGUCACCAGCAGCUCUACUGGAGCCAGCUGGGGAGCUUCGGCCAGGGUUCCGGUUCUUGCCGCAUCUGCCACGGUCUGAUCUGGAAAUACGGCCUCAACAUGUGCCGCCGGUGUUCCCGUCAGUAUGCGAAGGACAUAGGUUUCAUUACGUUGGACUAAGUGAACUUCCAUGAAUGGGUCGUUCAAGACAUCUACCUUAUGACAGAAUGCCAUCUCUUUGUACAUAAAAUAA